CCAUAUAAAACAUUAUUAGUAAAAUAUUUUACAUUCAGCAGGGAGGUCAGACUACUCAGUGUUUCUUCUCUUCUGUCCACUCAGCCGGCCCGUGGUACCUCCGCUGAUCCCCCCAAAGAUCCCAGAGGGGGAACGUGUGGACUUCGAUGACAUCCACCGGAAGCGCAUGGAAAAAGAUCUGCUGGAGCUGCAGACGCUCAUUGACGUGCAUUUUGAACAGCGGAAGAAAGAGGAAGAGGAGCUCGUGGCGCUAAAAGAGCGUAUUGAGCGGCGCCGGGCGGAGAGAGCUGAGCAACAGCGCUUCAGAACCGAGAAGGAGCGCGAGCGUCAGGCUAAGCUGGUGGAGGAGAAGAUGCGGAAGGAAGAGGAAGAGGCCAAGAAGCGAGCUGAGGAUGACGCCAAAAAGAAGAAGGUUCUGUCCAACAUGGGGGCCCAUUUUGGGGGUUACCUGGUCAAGGCAGAACAGAAGCGGGGUAAGCGCCAGACAGGGCGUGAGAUGAAACUGCGCAUCUUGUCGGAGCGUAAAAAGCCUCUGAACAUCGACCACAUGGGAGAAGAACAGCUCCGGGAGAAGGCCCAGGAACUGUCGGACUGGAUCCACCAGUUGGAGUCCGAGAAGUUUGACCUGAUGGAGAAGAUGAAGCAGCAGAAAUAUGAGAUCAAUGUUCUCUACAAUCGCAUCAGCCACGCCCAGAAGUUCCGGAAGGGGGCCGGGAAGGGCCGCGUUGGAGGCCGCUGGAAGUGAGGAUCUGGGCACUGCCCCCCACCCCCCUCCAGGCACCCGGGAGCCCUUGGAGUGUGUGUCCCAUCUGUGGCUUGAAAUAAAUGCUCCCCCUGCAGCA